AUGCAAGUCGCAGCAUUCCUAUCGGAUCUCAAGUCCCUCAGCGUUUGUUCCCACGAAGCUGCCAUCGCCCUUGUGAAGCCAUCUGUCAUCACGACAGGCGAUGUGACACUUCAGCCGCCAGCCAAAUCUGACGGGACCAACGGGCAUUCAAUGCAGCCUCCACCACCAGAAUAUCAAAACGAUCAUGACCUUCAACGUGCAAACGAAUUGGUCUCACUUCACUACGACGUCAAGUUGAACUACAUGGAGACAGGGCCUGACGCAGAGCUUGUCCAGGCGGGCAAGGAUGUCGACCAGGUUUUAGCUGCCUUGUCCCGAUCAGAUAGACAGUCUCGAUAG